AUGGACAACUCCGGGAAGGAAGCGGAGGCGAUGGCGCUGCUGGCCGAGGCCGACCGCAAAGUGAAGAACUCGCAGUCCUUCUUCUCGGGCCUCUUCGGAGGCUCGUCCAAAACAGAGGAAGCCUGCGAAAUCUACGCCCGAGCAGCAAACAUGUUCAAAAUGGCCAAAAACUGGAGUGCGGCCGGAAACGCCUUCUGCCAGGCGGCGCAGCUGCACCAGCAGCUCCAGAACAAGCACGACGCAGCCACCUGCUUCGUGGACGCCGGCAACGCGUUCAAGAAAGCUGACCCCCAAGAGGCUAUUAACUGUUUGAUGAGAGCAAUCGAGAUCUACACAGACAUGGGCCGAUUCACCAUCGCCGCCAAGCACCACAUCUCCAUCGCCGAGAUCUACGAGACGGAGCUGGUGGACAUCGACAAGGCCAUCGCGCACUACGAGCAGUCUGCGGACUACUACAAGAGCGAGGAGUCCAACAGCUCAGCCAACAAGUGCCUGCUGAAGGUGGCGGGCUACGCUGCGCAGCUGGAGCAGUACCAGAAGGCCGUGGACAUCUACGAGCAGGUGGGGACCAACGCCAUGGACAGCCCCCUCCUCAAGUACAGCGCCAAGGACUACUUCUUCAAGGCGGCCCUCUGCCACUUCUGCAUCGACAUGCUCAACGCCAAGCUUGCUGUCCAGAAGUAUGAGGAGCUGUUCCCCGCCUUCUCCGACUCCCGGGAGUGCAAGCUGAUGAAGAAAUUGCUAGACGCCCAUGAAGAGCAGAACGUGGACAGCUACACCGAGGCGGUGAAGGAGUACGACUCCAUCUCGCGGCUAGACCAGUGGCUGACCACCAUGCUGCUGCGCAUCAAGAAGACCAUCCAGGGCGACGAGGAGGACCUGCGCUAA